CGUUACCAUAGAGUCAAGAUGGCCGCCGCAACACGAAGGCAGUUGUAUCUAAGGACGAACUUUUUUUUAGCGGCUGGGUAAUUAUGUUUUGACAGCGUAAAGCGUGGACCAGUGGUAGUUGUAAAGAAUUAACAUCACAGUAUAACAUUGUUUAACUUUGGAGAGUUACGAUACCCAAGUACAGCGCUUAGAGGUAUGUAAUUCGGAGUGUUGACUUGUCCAAACGCGCUCCAGCAAUGGAAAGUGGCUGCAGACUCUAUGCUCGAUCUCUGGCCAUCUACGUGGUGUUCUGCGGUUGGAUGUCUCUCAGAGUAUUUAGUGCUGCUGUAUUGAAGGAAGAAAAUACAUCAGUUGCCGUUGUGGCAGAGACCACACCCUGCUGGCAGGUGGAGGAGUUUGUGGUGUUGGCAGAAUGCGCUCUGUGCAGUGAUUUUCAGACUAGGAGCUGGCCUGAGUGCAGCCCAACUGGAUAUGUGGAGAGGGUCAAUUGCACCAAGUCACAGAAAGAGGAAUACAAGAGCUGUCGCUCUCCCAGGAUGGAGGAGCACCUCUUCUGGAAAUUUGAGGGCACCAUGUUGGCUCUGACUGUCCUUUUUGCACUACUGGUAGUGUCGCGUCAAAGGGCCCUAGACCGCUUAGCGUCAGAGAAGGUCCGCAAGCAAAUAGAAUCCAUUUAGAAACUUUCCUGGGAUGAGGAAGCGAAGGGGUGUGUGCAACCAAGCCCACAGUGUAACCUCAGUUUGAGAUAAGAACCAAUGUCGUAUUUCUCCACCCCACCCAUCUUUCAGUAUUGAAAUGAAGUAUUUUCAGAAUUGGCCAUCUGAGGAUAACGUUGGCUAUCAAUGAUGAUUGGCAAUGAAGUGCUAGCCAAUUACAGCCAAUAUCAAAUCUGAAAUUAAUAUUUAAAAAGACAAUCUGCCAAGCUAUCUAACCAGCUUUUCCAGAUAGGUGAUCACCCUUAAUGAGAAUUUAGUUCUCUAUCAGAUGGUGUUAGUCUGGUUUCUUUCUUCAGAAUCAUUCUUGUCAGUUAUCAAUAAUGCAUUAUCUGCCACUAUCUUUAUGGAGUGUGUGCUCAAUAUUUGAUUUGUGUUUGAAAUCUUUUGACUAUCAAGUGGAAAUCCCAGAAUAAAAUGUGCAAACUGUUUAAUGCAAGGGUUAAAUGCAUAUUGAGUUCCAGCUUGUGAUUCCUGUAGUAGCUGUGUGCUGCUAUGUAAUGGUAUGGAAAUAACUACGCACUUAGGGGUCAGAUUUAGUUCAGUCAUUAUUACACUAUGGCCAUCAACAGUUCUGUGUGGUUUCAUUUUGUGAGUAAAGAGAAAGGGAGUCCAGGCAAAUGUGAACACUUUCACAGGUUUCAGGAGUAAGAAGUAAAGAUAUCUGCACACUGUAUUAUAUGCUUCCAAAAACGUUUCCGGGUGCAAACGACACACUGAUCUGCAAAGAUCUUUGUAAGGUGUAGUUAUCACAAGGAAAGCUAUCAACUCUGAUAGCUAUUCCUGGCAAAGGCCUUUGUAGGUGGAAUGGUAUUCACACCAUUGUGCUCGUUUGGGAGAAUAUAAUAAGGUAUGUCAGUGUCUGUGUUUCUCAUCAGUUCUUAUAUUGCUGUAUGUGGAACAGGGAUUGCACUUAAGAAGACCCAAUGCAGAGACUGCAUAAUCUCAGUGUAUGUUUUGAUGUUAUACGGUGGAACUUUAAAUGAAGAAAUAUGAACUGCCUGAGCCAUAUUGGGUCCUGUUUAGAGCUUAGUCAAUCACCAGAUGCUGCUUGGAUGCACAAAAACAUCACUUUGCCCUUUUCGUAUUUGUGUUAUAAGGGGAAAAAUGAAUUUGUCUUCCUUGCCGAUAAUUUUUAAACAGCAUAGCACAAUUCCCUGUUUUGAAGAGACAGGCUAUUACAAAAUGUCGUCUCAGGGACAUUUUACAGUCUAUUAAGCACAGUUUAUGGCUUUGAAUUGGUUUGAAACCUUCCAUCUUAGGUAUAUACUGUACUGUACAGCUUACGUAGUUCCCUUUAUUUUCCGGUCUGGGAAUUCCAUAGUCAUUGGCUGCAGUUAUUACCAUUUUAAUCAUAAAUAUUUGGCUUUCAGAAAGGAGAAGAGAAUGUUCAAUAUUCUUUUAAACUCUUACACAGUACAAUGUCCAGUCCAAUGUCCAAUUCAACUACAUUAAGUACAUUUGAGUCUAAUAGUUACCAUAUGUACUCUGUAAGAGUUGAUUUUCACUGUAAUACUGAACGUUUUACUGUGUAGUUCUUAGUUUCAUUUAUUCCUUUUUUAACAGAUACUGUCAUGAGUAUGGGGUUCCUGAUAUCUUAACGUUUUCUUUUUUUUUUUUAAAUCAGUAAUAGAUGUGCAAAAGUCUGUUGGCUCAGGCUUUGUCUGUGUUACGAUUCAGCCACCAUUGGUUCUUUAGAGCCGUAAGAAGCAGGCUAUGGUGGUACAUUUGGUGCUUGGAAUUCCAAACUUAAACCUUUCUGUCUGCCUGCUGAAUUUUUCAUUCUUCAGUUGAAUACAUGUAACAGGCCUGAAGUUUUCCACAGAAUGCAAAUAGAAUACAUGUCCAUGGUCUGCUGUGAUUAUUUUGACAGUGAGGUGGCUUUGGAAAGGAGCAUGUAAUGCACCUCUCUCAGUGAACACAGAAUGUUCUCCCUUGGUUUGUGCUUCAGGGAUGCUGCUUGUCAGAGUAAUGGCACUAAGGUUUUCAAGAACAGUAGUUUUGCACUUAAAUUAGUUUAUUAAUUUUUAUGUUUGAGUCUAUAUAUUAUUUCUUUACUGUCCAAACAUUGUUACAGUUAUAUGUAUGUAGGAGUUUAAAUACAAAAAUUUAUAACAUUGUUUUCUUAAACUAUAAGCACUCUUGUACCAUAGAUACUCAUUGAGGUUUAAUGUAUAAGAGAUUACCUACACUUUGGCUUAUGUUAACCCAGAAAUUGUUUUAAUUAUUGACUACUUAACUAAUUGUUUCCAAAUUGUUUUCAACAUUUUCAAAGGUUUUAUGUCUGUGAUUUCAUUCCAUGAUUAAUGCUAACUUGAUUAAACCUGUAGUUUUUACUGGUUUGCAAACAUAGUGCAGAGGCAUUUUUAUCAUAUUGCUUUUUAAAAGUUUUUUUUACAAAUUAUUUAUGAAAUGUGAAAUUUAAUGAGAUGAGCUACUUUUUUUACACAACUUCUGUAGAGGAUGGUGAUUUAAAAUGUUUUAUUUUUCUUCUUGAGCUUUUCCUAAGUAUUUAUAGCCUGUGAGUAUACACAACUGUGAGGUAUCAAAGAUCAUAAAGAAAUGCAACAGGUUGUUCAUAGCUUAUUUUCCAAAAUAUUUAUUCUGUGUUUAUGCAUUUAUACUCAGCUAUUGCCAGCCUCUGAAUAAAAUAUCACAUGCUGAAAUAA